AUGACAGGAAGACAAGUGGUGUUUCCUGAGAACUCAGCUACUGAUACGCUGACAGGAGCAAAGUGUGAGGCGAACACAUUUGACGGCGAGCGCUGUCUGUACGGAGCGCUGAGCGACCCCAUCCGCCGCCUGCUCAAAGAGUACAAGCGCAUCACGGCGAAGGCCAUGCAGAGAGACUAUUACGACCAGUUCCUGCAGACGCUUUUGGAGCAGGGAAGCUACAGCGAUGUGACGUUUAUGGUGCACGGUGAGAUGUUCAAGGCCCACCGCUGUAUCUUGAGUGCCCGAUCUGAAUACUUCGCCCACAUGCUGGAGACCAAGUGGAAGGGGAAGAGUGCGAUUACCCUCAAACAUCCACUGGUCAAUCCUGCUGCAUUUGGUGCAAUCAUGCAGUAUUUCUACACUGGUCGUUUGGAUAUAGAUGUGAAUUACGUGGAGGACUGCAAGCGUUUGGCCAAACAGUGCAAGAUCAGCGAGCUGAUUGAGGAGCUGGAAGUGAAGUGCAAACAGGUCUAUGAGUUUGGUGAGGAGGCGGUUGGAUACGGUCAGCUUCCUUUCGAUCUAACUGAUAGUUUUCCGAGUUAUCCUGACAUCUGCUUCCGGGUGGAGGGCUAUGACUUCCUGUGUCAUAAGGCGUUUUUCUGUGGUCGCAGUGAUUAUUUUAAGGCGCUGUUGGAGGAUCAUUUCAGCGAGGGUGAAACUCUGCAGGCUCAUCCCAGUAUUCCUGUCAUCACCCUUCAUGAUGUGUCUCACGAUUUGUUUUCAAGAAUCCUUUACUACAUCUACAGUGAUAACACUCAGCUCUCUCAUGAGAAUGUGUAUGAGGUCCUGUGCGUGGCCGACAUGUACCUGUUGCCGGGUCUCAAGCGUCUGUGUGGCAGGACUCUGGCUGUGCUGCUCAAUGAGGAGAACGUCCUGCACAUGUGGAAGACAGCCAAACUGUUCCGGCUCUCACGUCUGGAGGACCAGUGCACUGAAUACAUGGCCAAGAUCAUAGAGCGGCUGGUGGAAAGGCCAGAGUUUGCUGAUAUGAUCAGAGAGGAUGCUGGGAAUGUGGCAGCCAGGCAGGAAACUGAUUCCAUCCCUCUGGUAGACGAGAUCCGUUUCCAUAUUGCCAGUAACGUUCAGACGUACAGCGCCAUCGAGGAGGCCAACCAGAAACUCAGCGCCCUGGAGCUCCUGCUGGCCAGCAUCGGGCUGGAGUGCUGAAAAAACAAAAGAAACUUGAGCUCGGGAGAGAGCGGGACGCUGACAGAUUGAUCAGAUGCUUAUGAAAUGCUUUACAUGCACAAUUAAUCCGUAGCAAACUAGCACCACAUUAGCAGUAACAAACUAAUAUGGUCGAUUCUAACCAAAAACAUGCAUAUAUAGAGUCAAGAUGUGCCUGUUGUGAUUCAGUGAAGCUUCCUGUCUUUAGCUGUUUCAGUUGCUUUUUUUAUGAACAAAAAGAGAGACGAAAGCUUGACAUUUUGAUUAUUUCUCUGGUAGUGAGCCUUAUUUGUCAGAACAAGUUGAUGUUAGUGUUCUUCGUGAUACACUGCUCAACCUUCCACAUGCAUCAUGACAGAUGUAGCAGAAUAUUUAUCAAGCUUUAUAGGAAACUUUAAGUUGUGAAGUGUUGCGAACACAGAGUCAAAACAAUACGGUUUAGCUGUUACAUCCCUGAAUAUGAUUCGAGUCGAUGAUUAAUAUAGGAUGAGGCGAUUAAUCUGGGAAAGAACGAUUUAUUCACAUGCAUGGAAGAAAAGGUGUGCAUUGAAUAAUAGUCUUUUUGAGGAGUUCAAAUUUGAGGCGUUUUCAUGAUAGGACCGACAAUUAUACAGUCGUCCAUUUUUGAUCCAAGCAUGAAUUACAAAAGGAUUUCGCUUGCGUUCUCUCUCUCUGGUGUUUGCGAUAGUUCACCAUUUGUUCAAGCAAGUGGACGAUUAUUUAUGCCUCUAAAUGUGCGUUCCGUUCACUCAUGAAUGUAUCUUCCAGCACUGAUAUAGAAGUUUUCCAGCUUUGCAUCCGCAGACUUCUGCUAAUGCGCAUGCAAUAUUUGCAUAGAAUUACUCGAUAUAAUCAGGAAAUGUGCUCCUAAAACUGACUGCACUUAAUCUUUCUCCACCUAUACAUUUUUACUUCUGCUUUUGUUUUUCCUGCAGUGCUUUGAUUUUAUUUAUUGUAUUUUAUGCUGGUCUUAAAGCAUAUCCUGCACUUAUUUGCUCAGCAGCACUUGAUGAGUUUGUGUAUGUUUAUGAAUUGGGUGGUCAGGAGAAAAUCUGAAAUGAGAUUUGUGUAUGAACUUUCAUGAGUGUCCAAGUCAUAAAAUAUCUGAUGCGUCGGCAUUGCAGUUUCCUUUCCUAUGAUUUAUUGUGGGAUACUCUGACUGAAUGGGAUGUAUAUAAGUGAGCAAAAAUAAAUAUUAU